AGGGUUAUUCAUAAACAGAACAUUUGGUACUAAAGACACCAGGACACCUACCUAGAAAUUAUUCCGAUUCCAAACUAAUGGGAAAAGAAGGAACGUGGACGGUUUACCUAACAGGUAAACGAUAGUUGGAAAUCGAUAUAUGCAAUUGCACAAAGACAGAACCAAACCUCUUGAAAUUCAAUUCCAUAAUUUAUCAAUAAUGAAUCUCAAUACGGAUGCGGCUCUUACCACUUCCGAUCCAAUUCCUCUUCUUACGCCUUACAAAAUGGGCAAUUUCAAUCUCUCUCACAGAGUUGUUUUGGCACCACUUACUAGAAUGAGAUCCUACAACAAUGUUCCUCAACCCAUUGCUAUCAACUAUUAUGCUCAGAGAGCUUCUCAAGGGGGUUUUCUCAUAGCAGAAGCUACUGGUGUUUCUGACACUGCUCAAGGAUAUCCAAACACACCAGGUGUUUGGACAAAAGACCAAGUGGAAGCAUGGAAACCCAUUGUAGAUGCUGUUCAUGCUAAAGGCAGUGUCUUUUUCUGUCAAAUUUGGCAUGCUGGAAGGGUUUCAAAUUCAAUUUAUCAGCCCAAUGGACAAGCGCCAAUAUCUUCUACGGACAAGUCACUCACUAGCAAUGAAGAACAACAAUUCACAGCACCCAGACGACUAAGGACAGAUGAAAUUCCUGAUAUUGUCAAUGACUUCAAAAUUGCUGCAAGAAAUGCUAUUGAAGCUGGAUUUGAUGGGGUUGAAAUCCAUGGGGCUCAUGGCUAUCUAGUGGAUCAAUUCAUGAAAGAUAAAGUGAAUGAUAGGACUGAUGAAUAUGGUGGAUCACUUGAAAACCGCUGUCGGUUUGCAUUACAAGUUGUUGAAGCUGUUGCGAAUGAGAUAGGAGCAGAUAAACUUGGAAUAAGAUUAUCACCAUUUGCUGAAUAUGCAGAAAGUGGAGACUCCAAUCCCAAUGCGUUGGGACUUUAUAUGGUUAAUGCCUUGAACAAAUAUAAUAUUCUGUACUGCCACAUGGUGGAACCAAGACUAAUACAUACCUUUGAUCCAGUUGAAACCCCUCACAGUUUGGAGCCAAUGAGAAAGGCUUUCAAUGGAACUUUCAUGGUUGCAGGAGGUUAUAACAGACAAGACGGGAUCAAUGCUAUAGCUGAAAAUAGAGCAGAUCUUGUUGUUUAUGGUCGUUUGUUCUUAGCUAAUCCAGAUUUACCAAAGAGAUUUGCACUUGAUGCUCCUCUCAACAAGUAUCAUAGGGAGACUUUCUACUCUUCAGAUCCAGUUCUUGGUUAUACUGACUAUCCUUUUCUUGAAUGAUGAAACACAUGUUGGAGAAUCCAAAGGUGAACUUCUAUAUUAAAUAAGAUUUGUUUUCCUUUGGCACAUUGAUUUUUAUAUUGAAGACGGGAUCAAUGCACAUUGAUUUUUACAUAGGAAAUUACAGUUGGCGUGUAAGAAGGAGUUACGACUGUAAUUUCCUUCUGAAGAAGGCUUUUAAUUUUGGUCCAACAAGAAUUAUGACAUGCCCAUAAUUAUGGGUUACUUCCAUAAUUCCCCCAAACUUAGGGUGAAUUUUGGAGUUCAUCCUUUUUCUUUCAGAUUCUCUCAGUUUUUCAGGUGUUUGGCUUCAUGUUUAAGUCUCUUUAGUGUCAAUUAAUGCUCUAGAGGCCUAUAUAAAUGUGUUGUAACAUGGAAUAAAGGGCUAAACUUUUAUCUUACUUUAUUUUAUGCAAUUUCCAAUUUUUCCGCAGUUUUCAUUUGUAAGAAUUCCCCAAGUUGUUCCUAUUUUGGAAAAGUCUCGUUGAAGCAUCUAUAACUCUGAGAAUCGGUGCAAUAGAGGUUUCCAUUUUGUUUUCUUAUUA